CCUAGUUCCCUGGAUGAGUUCCAUCUUGAGGGCACCCGGAGCUGGUCCGAGCACUCGUCUGCUCACACCUAUCGCUGAGGACCAAAAGCCCAAGAGUCCGACUUUCUACGAGCACCAUGAUGUCGUGAGUGGCCCCAGCUCGUCGGACUUGGCGAAAGCCCACCUAAUGAUGCUUUUCUCCCAAGCUCUCUUUGCGGGGAAUUACGUAUGCUUCAAGGCUUUCAGUCAGCACUCAGAAUACAUCUUCGGUAAGACGUCAGCGACUAUAUUCUCUCUUAUGAGAGGUGUCGUCUGCCUGGUACUCUUGCCGAUCGUCUACUACACCAGUCCUGAUCGUCACUAUCAAGGAGUACUACGAAUGAAGAAGGCUAAUAUUAAGCCUGUAUUGAUUCAGGGAUUAGCAGGAGCGGCUCGGCAGAAUAUCGUGCCUUAUGGACUGAUGUUCACAGGAGCGGCAUCAGCUGGGGUCGUACAGCCUUUCGUUCCCGUCUGCACCUGCAUGUUGGCAGUAGCAUUUGGGUUAGAGAAGGGGAAUAGAAUAAAGUACCUAUCUAUGCUCGUCGGUUGCAUAGGCGUGUUCAUCGCUGCUAAGGGUUACGAUUUCGGUGGAGUGGACUUGGGCUUUCUCAUUCUUCUAGGAGUACCCGUGACUAAAUCUAUUCAAGUAACUGGGCAGAAGGUCGCUCUCAGCACGAUGAGGCCUAUGGCGGUACCUCAUUUCGAUGCUAGGAUUCCCAGAUUCGUCUAUGGUCAAUACUUGGCGGCCCUUAAGAAAGAGCGAGAGGCGGAGCGUGCCCGUGCAAGGGAGAAUGAACGUAUACCUGAUGAGUCUCCUCAGCCUAGAGAGGAUGGUGACGUUAUGGAAGAUGGAAGGGCCAGUGAGAAUGUGCGACCCCGUCGGAAGAACAGUCGGGGUGUCGGCCUCCACUUCGCGAGUAGCGUGAGCGAUAUGUGA